AUAAAGACAAGCCUCUGGAUUCAGAUGAAGACUCUUUAGGUGUCAACGCCGGGGGUCCCGGUGGGGUGGGAGGAACCCCAGGCUCUGGCCCACUUCGGCCCAACUCCCAGUCAGCCUUUCUGGGGCCACUGUUGUGGGAGAGGACGCUGCCAUGUGACGGAGGCCUGUUCCAGCUCCAGUACAUGGACCUGGAGGAGUUCUUGACUGAGAAUGGGAUGGGGAUGCACAGCAAUGGACCCAGCUCUGCCAGCGCCCAGAUCCCCUCUCAGAGCUCCCAGUCUGCCAUUCCCAACCAGAGCUCUCAGUGUCCUCCCACAUCUCCUCCACCCUGCUCUUCCUCUUCAUCCUCCAUGUCCUCCUCGUCCUCUUCCUCCUCGCUUCUCGGAUUGGAAACCAUCCAGCCACAGCCACCACCACAGCAGCAGCAAAGCAUGAUGGGAGGAGCUGAGUGCAUACACGGUGGACAGGCUGUGCCUCAGGACCCAUCGCCACCUUCUACCUGCCCUCCGGGCCCUCCCGGGCCACCAGCUGCCGUCAAUGGCAACAGCGACAUCAUGGUGAACUUUGACCCCGACCCUGCGGACCUGGCCCUGUCCAGCGUGCCAGGGCAGGAGGCGUUCGACCCACGGCGGCAUCGGUUCAGCGACGAGGAGCUGAAACCUCAGCCCAUGAUCAAGAAGGCUCGCAAGAUGCUGGUUCCUGAUGAGCAGAAGGACGAGAAGUACUGGAGCCGGCGUGUGAAGAACAACGAGGCGGCCAAGCGCUCGCGGGACGCCAGGAGGCUGAAGGAGAACCAGAUUUCGGUGCGGGCCGCCUUCCUGGAGCGGGAGAACGCCGCCCUUCGCCAGGAGGUGGCCGACAUGAGGAAAGAGCUGGGCCGCUGCCGAAACAUCAUCAACAAGUACGAGAGCCGCCACGGAGACUUGUAGAGGAGUCGGAAGAGAAGGAAAGAGGAGAGGAGAAAAGGGUACAAGGCAAUCUGACAACAGCAGCACUUUAGAUGAAGUGAGGGGGAGGGGCUGACGUAGAUCUGCAGUCUGUGACACCGGCACAUGUUCUGGAGUGACCGCCGUGACAGGAGAGCAAAGCGUUUUACCCAGAAUGACUUUCUCUGCACACGCCACUUUGCCAAAUCCACGACGAACUGAACCAUCACCUCAGCGGCUCCUGUCACCUGCGGCGCUGCGCUCACUCCUGGUGCCACGUGGCAAAUUUGCAGGUAGUGCAUUCCAGUCGCUGCUCCAGCCAGUUCCAACAGGUGUCCAACUCAAACCAGUGAAUCUCACGUUUCUUUUUCUUUUUUGCUUCGGGCGUGGACACAAACCAGAAGAGGUCAAACGGAGAUCUUUUCUAUAGAUAUAAUAGAAAUAUGUGUAUAUUUUUGAACUUGGCAGGAAGGUAAGGCUUAUAAAGGGGGAGGAAAUGGUGGAAGCGGAGGGCUUUUGUCCAGAGGAGAUUUUGACAAAGGAUUAUUGUAUAUUUUUCUAUAAACAGAUAUUCAGGAGGAGUUUUGGAGAUCAUCUUUUUGUAUAUUUUCUAUAUGGGGGUGGGGAGGGGAUGUUUGCUGGACAGUCACAGUGACACGCUUUUUUCCUCUUCGCUGUUUAGUCAACAAACAAACAAACAAACAAUCUAUUUUUAAUGGUUGGUCCGAGGCAGAGUUAGAACACAGAAUGUAUCACGCUUGAAUCAGGUAUUUUUGCAACUCGAGCCAAGGCGAGGUAUCUUAGUAACCAUAGUAACCACUGGUGUCUGUGUCAAGAUCAAUAGCAGGAAGUAAAUUGUAUAGUUUGCGGAUAUUAUUAUGGCAUGAGCCCUCGGAAUUAUGUCGAGCCAUAUUAUUAUUUUAAUAUUAUCAUUAUCGAUUGACUUUCUUUUUUUUUAAAACAACAUUUUAACAAUUAGGAAAAAAAUUGCCCAAACACAAGGCCACUUUAAAUAUAUUGUAUAUCCAGGUUUUACUAUCUGACCUUUUCAGAUGGUUACAUUUUGCAUCACUGCUGUGUUUCUUACGUGAAAGUUGUCAAACAUUUUUUUUGCACAGCUCCAAAUUUGCCAAAACGGCGGCUUUAACGCUUAGCAGAGACACCCUGAUGACUUUGUUCAAUCUGCACAAAACUUUUUCAGAGUUGUGGCCUUUUUAAUUUUUUUUUUUUUUAAAGCUGAAAGCAAUGACACAUCACACGCUCUGCUCAUGUUCUUCACAUGGCAAAAAUGUAAAAAGUGUUGCCAAGGACAGGAGUAGCUAAAUUUGUGAAGGUAAGGAGGCACGGAAACUUGAUUCUAGUGGCUUUUGUGAAGGCUCCCCUUGAGAAUCAAAAUCCACUUUCCACCACCACAAGCUGAAGCAGAGGUGUGGCUCAAUCAACACUGCCAGCUAUGUUUGUUUAUUUAGUGGUGAAUCGUUUUUUUAAAAUCUGAUGUAUAUUACGUUUUAUUUUUUAAAAGAGAAAGUAGGAGAUGAAAAACAGGAAGCAAUUAGCCAUCUAAACAGCUGGAUCUGAGCAAAUGCUGGUGGGAGUUUGAUCGAAAAAAAAUGUACUUGGGUGAACGCUCGCAUUUACGCUCCUCCGUCCCAUCCAGGAGGGUCUGACGCCCGCUGGUUCUUUGGUGGUGGGUGGGCCGCCGCCCCCUCCCGAUGGCGCAGAGACUGAAACAUUCAGCAUGCAGACACAAACUUGCACAGUCCUUUCUGAUUCUAACCCCUAUUAUUGUCGUAGAUGUUGUUUUUGGACUUCUAUGGUGCUGAUCUGAUCCUUCACCUGACACAAACAGACAAAAGACACACACAUCACAAACACACAGUACUGCCUAUAACCCUACUUUGUAUUUUAUUCCUUUUUUUUUGUUGAUUCUUUUCCUUUUUUCGCAUUGUGUACUGAUAAAUCACACACAACCACAUGUCUGUUAUACUUCUCCUUUAAACUUUACCUAAAGAAAAAUGCACCCUACUGCUACUGUACCAUACAACUGUACUAUUGAAUUUUGAAGUAUUCUCUCACUAGAUAUAUAUGUGUAUACGAUAUAUGCUUGAAUUAUGUGAUUAUAGUUGUAUCAUAAAUAAUUGAAUAUAUUGCAGAAAAUCCAGUGGAAUAACUUUGUCAGUUUUCUCUCAGGUCUUUUUCUCUGAGAUAAUAAAUAUGCAUAAUAAUAAUAAAAAUAAUAAUAAAAACACACUUAAAAAAUCUAUCUACAAUCUAGUACCAGAAUUUUUUUAUUUGUUUUGUUCUAAUUUUGUGUAGUUUCUGUUCAAUUUGGAACAUUUUUUUUAUUUACUAACCCUUCUACCAUGUUCCUCUGUUUGCUAGCUCCCCUCCAACCACUAAUAAUUAUGGUCGACUGUCAACCUUUGCAUUUUGAAAAUCCAACUUAAAACCCCAUAAAAAAAGUUGUACAAACAGCAAACCUUAUUUAGAUUUAAAUUCAUAAUGAAAAACCUCUUUAGGAAACUGAAAAAACAAAAGUAAACACCAAAAUGAGCUAAUGAGGUGAAUUCUACCACAAAGCACAGACGUUUUCAUUUAUGGUGGCACUUUUUAGUCAUUUAAAAUCAGUUUAGCUUAAUCAAAGUGGGCUAAUCUUUCUUAAAAAUGUGUGCACUGCUUGUGGUUACAUUUCCGAAAGCCAUUAGCUCAUUCAUCUUCAAGCUAACGCUAAUUAACAUCAAUAUGUUGUAAGCUAAUGUUCCUGCUAACGCGAUACUUUGGUUAUGUCCAAAUUCCCUCACUACUUAGUACUUGGUGCACUAUUUAGGGGGUUCACCAUUUUUUGGAGGGUGUCUGAUUCUUCAAUUACAAAAUCCAGUGCCCCAGAACUUUCCCAGAAUUCUCUGCAAAAAACUUGUGUUUGAUGCUUAGCAUUGAUGCUCACUACUCUAGGGCUAUAUCUGAAUUCCCUCCCUACUCCCUAACUACUAAAAGCUACAUAGUGUGGGAUUAUCUAGUGCCCAUGAUUUUAAAAGCAAUAGCUUACAACUUUUUUUUUCUUAAACAGCAAAUAUGACGUCACAGAUUUCAUGAAGUGAAAGCCUAAUCAAUACGAGCUUUCUACAAUGAUUAUUUAUUAAUCCACCUUGUUCUGAUGCAAAAAAGGUUGUAAAUGUAUUUUUUAAAAAUACAUUUAUAAACUUUUAUUUUCGCAAAAGUUGUUCAAACGCAAUGCAUUGUGGUCUACUUCUUCCAAUCCAGUGAGCAUUGAUGAAGACUAGUUUUUCGCAAAGAAUUCUGGGAAGUUUCUAGGGCACUCAGUUUUGUAAGUGUAGGUUCUGACAGUACUAAAAAAAAUGGUGAACACACUAUAAAGUGCUCUAUGUAGUAAGUAGUGAAGGAAUUCGGACAUAGUCCAGAUUAGCAAAAAUAGACCACAAUGCAUUGCGUUUUAACAAUUUUAUAAUAAAAAAAAAAUGUCGAUACAUCUUUUUUUUUAGAAAUCAUCCCAGUUUUUAUCACCAGAACACAAUAAAUCAUCUUCAUGUUGAUAUUUAUUAGGUUUUCACUUCAGCAAAUGAGUUUACAUCAUAUUUACUGUUUUGCUGUGUACCGUUGGCAGUGCUAGCAAUAAAAACAAAACAAAAAAAGGUUUAAAUGCAAAGAUUUACAGGCCAAGUUUUGGUGAUGGCUAAGUCAAUGGGGGAGGGCUUCAAUGGAUAAUCCUAAAGUUUUAUUUAUAGAUGCUAAAUGCACACCUUUUUGGUUUCCAUUUGAAGACUUUUAUUUUUCUUGCAUCCCGAUCUCUCCUUCAGUUGAUUUCCGUGCAUUUUUUCCUCAGGGGAAGUUGAAUUCUUUCAAACUUAAAUGUGUUUUACACCAAAAAUGAACUUUUACUAGAUUUCAUCAAGUCUUUGACCUUCUACUUCUUCUUCGUGCUUUUCUCCCAAAACAGAAGUUUUGAACUUAAAAUCACUGUAACAUAGAAGCUUUUAUGCAUUUUGAUUGAAUGACAAAGUUUUUUCUUCUGAUAUCUGUAAUUUGGAAAUUUCCUCACAAAUGUUUCAGAAACUUUUUGACAGUGCUAUUUUUCUAUGUAAUUGUGUUGUUGAGCAUCUUUUUCCUGGGAGGGGGGCAUUUGAGGCCCGCUCUUUAUGUGGUGGCAGUGACCGUUCGCUGCUGUACAGUCAAACGCCACUGCGGGUCAUUUUGACCGCGGUAACACUAACAUUAUUGUACACAGCCUUGUUAAUUCUUCUUCUUGGAUUUUGUGGACGCAGCUAACUUCUCAUUGUUGUGAAUGAACUUCAAUCUCCAUGAACACCACUCUACCAGGAUUCCCCUCCAGUAUUUGUGUACUGUCCACAGGGAUGAUGGUAUAUGUGGUCUAUUUUUGUCCCCCCUCCCCCAUCCAAUAAAGACUAAUCCUUAUUCACUGAAA